CAGGCUACCGAGAGAGAAAACAUCAGAAUGACAAAGACGUCGUUCCUUACCCUUCUGGCGGCGGUCCUGGUCUUCGGGGAAGCAGGGCAAAAGAAAGGGCUCUGGUGUUACAGCUGCGUAAACGAACGGACCGCUGAAAACUGCAAGCGUUUCCAGAAGUGUGCAAAAUCAGACUCCUACUGCGUGACGUCUGUGAUUCGUGCGGAGUCCGGUGAAGCCUGGUUCAGUAAAGGAUGCUCUCCACACUGCUCUGAUGAUCGAGUCGAUGCGGCGCCCCCCAAGCCCGUCCUCACUCAAUGCUGCCGUACAUCGUUCUGCAACGGGUCCACCAGCGUGAGGACUAGCCAGCUGGCGGUGGGCAUCCUGGCUGGUUUCCUCUACGUUUUCCACUUUGGAUGGUGACGCAAGGUGGGAAAAGGGUACAUUUGUGUCUUCUAAAAUAAUAAUAAAGAAAGAACAUUAAACAGCU